AGUCUUAUCCCAUGUGGCAACACGCUUGUCAAGUGUUCUGCAUAUGAUGGUUAGUAGACCUCUGCUGUGUCUCAGCUUCAGCGACUUGAUUUAAGUUGGUCUGGGAGUGAGUACCAGAACUCGUAUUCAUUAACUUAGCUUCUCCGAUACAAGAGGGGUACAACGAGCUGGUCUACUUUCCGUUCGCAGAGAUUUACAAGAAUCUCGAAGGAGGCAAUAAUGUGUUCAGGGUAAGAGCUGGGAAGCUGCCCAGCGGCUUAACGUUGCUUGGGUGGAGCACAUAAACAUGAGAAGCAGUUGUUUAAUUUUUCAAUCAAGUCGAUGGAAACUCACAGUACUAGAGUCAAUCUAUCAUUACUACUUUUGAGGAUUUUUAUUUUAUCGCAGCUCCCUCCACGAUGAAACUGUCAUCUCUUUGUUCGUUUGCGUGCCAGCUUGCAGAAUCUUGGAUAUGGUUUGUGCGGAUUUGGGUGAUAAGCACCAACUUGGAUGCUGUGGCCGCAGAUUCUCUGGUGAAGAUUGUGGCGCUGGAGAGUCAAUACACGAUUUUCAAGCCGGACACGAAUUGCUUUCUCGAAGGCUUAUAUUUCCGCGAUCGGGACACGCUGGUCGAGUCAUGUGGUCUCAAUGGGCGCUCACAGAUCAAGGAGCUGAAACUGAUUUACGACACGCACAACCAGGCUGAUGUACCCGCAGCCGGUUCUGGUGGGACGAGUGGAAGUGUUGGAAGCGCUUCCAGUUCACUGGCUCUCAGUUCCGUUACCGCGGAGAACACUGUCGACGCUGCGUUGGCUCGUGUAUUUGCGAAACCGCAAGCGAUGCAAAUCGUCAAGUCGCGCAAAGUGCCGCGCAUUUUCUCGGAGGGGACGGUCGACAUGGGAGACAAAACUUACCACCUUAGCUACCAGAGCAAAAAAAUUUACAUCUAUGACAAGAUGAAGUGGAAAAUACAGAGGACUGUCCCUUUUCCAUACGGCCAGGGAUGGGGGCUUACCACAGACGGCUGCCGUCUCUUCGCAACAACGGGGGAUACGUACUACUGAAGUUUUAGAUUAACUUUCGUUGCAUGUGCUUGAACACUAGCUGCCUUGUACAAAAAAGAAUAGUUCUUGUUGUACUAGAAUGUGUCUGUAGUAAGUUCAUAUUGGAACAGUAUCUUCGCAUGCUUAGGCAUCGCUGUUGAAACCAGUUGUAACAGAGUUAGUGCAUAUUCUUCAAAGUUACUCCUCACGUUCAAAACCACACACACCCACUUCAGAAAUUUGUACCAUCUUGAUGGCGAGGGGAAGUUGUUGAAGAAAGUCCCAAUUGUCGAUAAACACACCCGGCGUCCACUUGCCAUGCUUAACGAGGUGGAGUUUAUUGCACCGCGAACAAUAUGGAUCAACCUUUGGCAGACAAAUCGUCUCGCUCGCGCCGACUUGUGGACAGGAGAGGUGGACCGCUACAUCGACCUCGGGAUUCACUCCUGGAGAGGCGACGCCACGCCAAACGGGGUGGCAUACAACUACGAAUUUCAGCCGUUGUCGCUUCUAGCCGCCGGAAAACUGUGGAACAAAGUUUACGUUCUAAAACUAGGAAACAAGGCAGAUUUGUGCGCAAGUGAACCGGCACCAGAAGAGGGGGCGUGUGCUCUGGCACCGCGGUCGCCGUGCCAUCCGGAGGGGCCGUUGCUGCGGUUUCAGCCGACAGUCACAGCAAUGCAAGUGAAGACUGUGCCACAGAAGCCCGUCACAGCAAAUGCGAAUCCAACUAGCGGUGGUGGUCACGGAGUAGGCAGGGUGCAGCCAACAUCAACAUAUCCUAAGACUACGCCCUCGUCUUCUUCCUCAAGGUAUAGCAAUCCAAGUUAUGGAAGUAACGGGAAAACGAGUCCAGUGGUCAUGCAUCCUCGACCUUCGGCGCCAUUGGACGCAGCGACUUUGAAGGCUGAGCAGCUAUCGGCUGCGUCGGCAGUUCCAGAAGCACCGAUACUAGCACGCUUUGCCGUAUUUGGAGCCACAAUGGCACUCUACAUAGUUGUAUUUCAGUCUUGUUUUCGGUUUUUUUCUGCUGCAAAGCCUGCGUUUGGUUCAGUUGCAGUGGGAGCUGGUUUCGAAU